AAUUGUUUCGCAGUCGCGCGCACAACUUCGCUCGCUCGCGGCGCUUCAGCGGACUCGCGCGCUCGCCGAGCAGAGCAGUGGAGAGCGCGCGGGUGCAGGGUGAGCGAGGCGCGCUCGCGGGACACUUUGUGUUGGAGUUUCAGCUUCACGGACAGCGACGCGGUCACCGAGCUCGGCCUCUGAAACCUGGACAGACGGACUAUGAGCUGAGCGGACCGUCCGAGGAAGAGUGCGCGAGAAGGUCAGCUUGUGCUGUGACGUCAUCGCCCCUGCCAGUUGGCGUGAGCCUCCCUCUACCAUGGACGUGGGCAGUGAAGUGGACCUCUCCAACGGCAACAUCGCCCCGUUGUGGAAGAAGCGCUCGAAUGGCCACAUCAAGCCAAGACCCCUGAGUUAUCAGAUUGAUGGAUUCAUGACAGACUUCCCCGCAGGGUCCACCGAAAAGCUCUCCACUCCAGCUGCAGGCACUGCUGUGUAUAAGCAUGUCCUGAACAAACCAGCCACACGCAAGUCUCGAGUAGUUCGGAGCAUCAGCAUCGGCCGUCUGACCGACGGACGGUUUUCUUUGGUUAGAUUCGGCUCAGACGACAGUAAAGAGACUGACAAUCGACUGCCUAAAACACCGACCACCGGCUCAAAGGUUGGAAAUGGCUUGAGUAUCCGUGACCCACUGAGGCGCCUGUCCGGCCAGGUCACUCUCACUACUCAGAGGGACCAGAUUGUGUUUCGGGACUCACCAGGGAACCCCCAGGAAUCAAACUAUCCAUCCCAGGAUGGCCCCCGCCUGGUCUCCGCUACAGAGCUUCGCGGUUCUCCAGUUGCCCUCCGAACGCCUUCGGCCCACAGCUCCACCUCCAGCAUCCCCUCCCUCUCCUCUCCCUCCUCUUCUGCCCCCAGCACCCCAUCUGAACCGGCCACGCCGCGCACCCCUUCGCCCUCUGACAGUGGCAGUGUGGUGCUCUUGCGCCAGUCCUCAGGCUCCUCCCAGGGCUCUGAAGGCAAGCCACCUACACCCGCUGUGGUCCUCAGCACGCAUAGCCCGGUGGCGCAGAAGAUGGGCACGCAGCAGCUCAUUCCCCGUAGUCUGGUCUCAGAAACACGUCCUAGCAAGGCGUCCCAGGCUGGCCCUGAGCGGCAGGGCCUUGGGGGGCUGCUGGACCCCUCCAAACGCGCCAUCCGCGCCCGCAGCAUGGUGGAAAGUGGCACUUUCUUCUCCACCAGCAGGGAAGAUGAAGAGGAUGCAGAGGAGAGCCCAGGGCUGCUACGGAGAGGCCUGCGGUCCACAUCAUACCGCCGGGCUGUGGUCAGUGGCGUAGACUUGGACUCCCCAUCUGCUGAUCUAAAGAAUCACCGGCUGUCUCAGCCGGUCUUCAAAGGAUUAACAGAGGUCAAAGAAGGGCCAGGGAGCCCACGGCCAGCAAAGAGCAAGAGUGGAGAGAAGAAGAAGAAGGGGCUGCAGUCUCAGAGGACGUUCGACAGCGAAGAGGACGAGGUUCUGUAUCAGAACUACCAGGAGAAGGCCCUGCACAAUGACUCGGAUGAGGAUGCCGAGUCCAGAGAAGCCAAGCCAGAUGAUAACAUUGUGGUCCAGAGCAAACUCAUCCGAACCUCGUGGAGUCAGCUCAGUGUGGUUAAAAGAAAUGGAGUGGCUGAGAGGCUGAGCCAGGAGGAGCGAAAGAGACAAGAGACAAUAUUUGAGGUGAUCUCGUCAGAGCACAGCUACCUGCACAGCCUCAUGAUCCUCAUUCGCCUGUUCAAGGACUCGACAGAACUCAGAGAUACCAUGACCAAGACAGACCACCACCACCUCUUCUCCAACAUCGUGGACGUCUGUGAGGCCAGUGCAAAGUUUUUUAAAGAACUGGAGGACAGACACCAGCAGAAUAUUGUGAUUGAUGACAUCAGCGACAUUGUGAUCAGACACGCCCAGUCGAAUUUUGAGCCCUACGUGACGUACUGCUCUAACGAGGUGUAUCAGCAGAGAACGCUGCAGAGAUUACUAAGCAAGAGUCCAUCCUUUAAGGAGGUCCUAAACCGGAUCGAAGCUAACCCUGAGUGCCGGAACCUCCCUAUGUGCUCAUUUCUGAUCCUGCCCAUGCAGAGAGUGACACGCCUUCCUCUGCUUGUGGAUACUAUUUGCCAGAAGACGCCCAAAGACUCUCCCCAGUAUGAGGAAUGCAAAAAAGCUCUUCACUGCGUCAGCAAGCUGGUGCGGAAGUGUAAUGAGGGAGCUCGUACGAUGGAACGGACUGAGAUGAUGUACACCAUCAACUCGCAACUGGAAUUUAAGAUUAAGCCCUUCCCGCUCGUUUCGUCCUCUCGCUGGAUGGUGAAGCGGGGCGAGCUGACGGCUUAUUCGGAGGAAAAGAACGGCAUCUUCUCCAAGAAGAUGUCACGGCAUCAGGUCUACUUCUUCCUCUUCAACGACGUUCUCAUCAUCACCCGCAAAAAGAGUGAUGAGAGUUAUACAGUGAUAGAUUAUGCACUGAGGAAUCAGAUUUGGGUGGGGCCAUGCCAGCCAGAGGAUCUUAACCUGUCUCCGACACGGACCACCGCGGGUAUGCUGACAUCACGGCAGGGCACAGCCAGCCACUUGUUCCGCCUCAAUUUCAGCAGCAACCGCACAGGAGAGAAAGUGCCCAUGAUCCUGGGGGCAGAGCUACUUAAUGAACGUGCUCGCUGGAUCAGUGCACUGGGACAAAGUCAUAAUGAGAAGAGGAAUUCUGACAGAACAAAUGCCAUGCAGGUGGAGGUGAUUCGGACGUAUACGGCCAGACAGCCGGACGAACUCUCGCUGCAGGUGGCCGACGUCGUGUUGGUCUCUCAAACAGUGGAGGACGGUUGGUACGAAGGCAUGCGCUUGAGAGACGGCGAGAGGGGCUGGUUCCUGUCCCAGUGCGCUCAGCUCAUCACCUGCCAGGCCACCAUCGAGAAGAACAUGCAGAGGAUGGAUCGCCUGCAGGGGUUGGAGACCAAUGUAUGAGCUCCAGCCCCUCCACCACCACACCACCCCCCAAUGGACUCCAGGAGAGAACAGAGCCUUAAUGCUCAGGAGUUACUGGACCUUAUUGAUUAGCGGAAGACUGGGAGGAUCAACCUGUACGGUCACCCACAUGACGUCCAUCCAAUCAGGGACGCCUUCCAACAGGACUUCUUUAUAGAUGAAACCAUGGAUGAACCAACACAGUUCCUGGAAGAACUGUUCUGUGUUUUAGAGCCUUGACUGACAAAAGCUCUGUCCAUGCAACUGCUCCAGAAGGUCAGAGGGCCAGAGGUCAGCCCUGUUUAACAGACUGCAAAGGAACCCGAGAGGAUCCAGGCUCAGGGGCAGUUACAGGGAACCUGUAUGGAGGGAUUUUAAAGAGAUGCUAAUCAAAAAUGCUAACAUUGUGAAUGAUGAAUGGCUAAAGGCUAAUAGCGUCUGGAGCAUCAGAUUGAGGUCACUGUUUAAUGACCUCUCUGAACUUUUACUCAUUGUUACGGAAGUGCAGAGGCGCCCUGAGCUAAUUAACCCGUUACCUUAAGAUGACAACUUUACUUAUCUUGAGAGAUAAGUAACUUAUUUCAAGAUUUUUUAUCUUGAGAUAUUCUUGAUCACAAGAUAAUUAACUUAUCUGGAGAUAACUUGUCUCGAGAUACAAUUAUCUUGAGAUAAAAGUUACCUUGAAAUAAUGAGUUUUAUCUCAGGAUAAGAUAAUUAACUUGUUACCUUAAAAUAACAACCCAUAAAACUCCAACUACCUCAUGGCGUCUCCGUACAUCGAUUGGCUCCUCAUUUCCCUUUAAGAAAGCCCAGCUGUCCAAACCAUAGCGCAACUUGCGUCAACAGCCGAGUUACGUAACAAGCCCUUUGAGAGAAGAGUGACCCAAAUUAAAUCGUUUUAACAAAGCUAAAUAUAUAUUUUUCUGUAAUAGUGUUUUUUUCCCCUCUUCACGAAUCCCUCGUCGAGCUUUAUGAAUAUUUAAUGUGUCUGUAUAAGUUCUCUGUACAUAGACUGGUAACUGACAUCUUUGAUGUAUGAUAAAAAGACUGGGCUCAGGGAAAGUUUCCAGCUGAAAAGACGACGGCGUAUUUAACCAGCGGCGAUCUGCAUAAACCGUCAGCACCUCCACCACCACGAGCUGCGUGGAGUAUAACGACACCUUGACUAGCGGCUUUUAUCUGUUUGCAAAGAUCAAGGGCUGCACUUUCAGGCCCGUCUAUAGAAAACUGGAAAAAUCCACAGGGGGUCCACAGCAAUCGACCACCGCCCCCCAUGAAAGUGACACUGGGGCAACUGUGAUUCCCGCUGAAGAUCUUACAGACGCUGUACACCGUAAUUUCAUAUCCAGCUUCAGGAUUUAACCAAUUCAGAGUUUAAAAUGAAGGAAACCAGGACACUUUUCAUUCCAGCUUCAAAUGGGGUCUCAGGGAGAAUGACCACCUCCACAUGGACGACUGUAAAUCGAAUGUAAAUAUGUUCCAUAUUCCCCUGCAGUUUAAAACACUAAUGCAUGUAGAUUUGUAUUCCAUAGAGGUUUUAUUGCUAUUGUGUCUGUAUUUUACUGCUGUGUAAAUAAUUUUCACAGUGUUUUUAAAAAAAAAAACCUACCAAAAUAACCAAAUCAUGGCAAAAUCUGAGCUUU